AUGACCGGAGGCGGCCAAGAGGCGCCGUUGCUGCGCGCCAGGAAGGUGUACCAUGAAGACUGCCCCGGGUGCCGGCAAGAGAGGAAGAUGGAGGCCGAUGACAGGAUACCAUACAUUGAUUUCCUCUACGUUUGGAUCACAUGCUUGUGUGCCGCGCUACCAAUCCAGUCAUUGUUUCCCUAUCUAUACUUCAUGAUUAGAGACUUGAACGUUGCAAAGCAAGAGGAGGAUAUUGGGUUCUACGCUGGUUUUGUCGGGGCUACUUAUUUUCUUGGAAGAACCAUCAGUGCUGUGCCAUGGGGCAUGUUUGCUGACAAGUAUGGCAGGAAGCCCUGCAUUGUAAUCAGUAUCCUUUCAGUGAUCGUAUUUAACACCCUCUUCGGCCUUAGCACGACUUACUGGAUGGCAAUUGUAACUAGGGGUCUACUUGGGUUACUUUGUGGUAUAUUAGGACCAAUCAAGGCCUAUGCUUCGGAAGUUUGCAGGAAAGAGCACCAAGCCCUAGGAAUUUCUCUUGUUACAUCUUCUCGAGCAAUAGCCCUUGUUGUUGGACCAGCCAUUGGAGGAUUUCUUGCACAGCCUGCAAAGAGGUUCCCAAAUCUUUUCUCGGAGGAAUCCAUAUUUGGAAGGUUUCCAUACUUCCUCCCUUGCUUCGUCAUAUCGGUUCUAGCAGCAGGAGCAUGUGUAGCGUGCAUUUGGCUUCCGGAAACUCUGCACAUGCACCAUGAUGACAAAACUAUUGAUACGAUGGAGGCACAAGUAUGUGAUUCAAGCUUAGAAAAUGGGAAAGUUAAACAAUCUGGAUCAGGGAGAAUGGCAUCUACAAAGAGCCUGCUAAAGAACUGGCAAUUGAUGUCAGCAAUAACCCUCUACUGUGUCUUUUCUCUCCAUGAUACAGCUUAUCUCGAGAUAUUUUCGCUCUGGGCCGUCAGCAGCAGAAAAUACCGGGGACUGAGUUUUACAUCUCAGGAUGUUGGUACAGUGCUAGCUAUCUCGGGUCUUGGUGUUUUAGUGUACCAGCUUACGAUUUAUCCAUUCCUUGCCAAGUAUGCUGGGUUAAUCAAGCCAUUCCGUUCUGCAGCGGUAUUGUCUAUACUUCUCCUUGCAACAUAUCCAUUCAUGGCCAACCUGUAUGGUAUGGAGCUCAAAGUACUCAUCAACAUAGCUUCGGUUCUGAAAAAUGUGUUUGCUGCGACCAUUACUAUUGCGUGCAACAUUCUGCAGAACACGGCGGUGGCACAAGAACAAAGGGGUGUUGCAAAUGGCAUCUCUGUGACUCUGAUGUCUAUCUUCAAAGCAGUAGCUCCAGCAGCAGCAGGAAUAUUGUUUUCAUGGGCCCAGAAGAACAUAACUGGGUUGUUCUUACCAGGUGAUCAGAUUCUGUUCUGGUUGCUGAACAUGGUGUCAGUUCUCGGGCUCUCGUUGACGUUCAGUCCGUUUUUCUCUAUGCCUAGUGCGAUGAAAUGA